UGGGCUGGGGGUGGUGCGGCCCGAGCUGUCAGUCAUUCUCCGGUCGGCGCGUGGACGCCGAGCUCCGCGGCUUCCCACCGCUCCCCGACCGACCCUCCGUCGCCCCGUCGCCCGUUACAAUGCUGCAAGCCGCCGACCUCAUCUGGACUUUGCUUCUCCUGGGAUCCGCAGUCUCUCUCCAGGUGGAUAUCGUUCCCAGCCAGGGGGAAAUCAGUGUCGGAGAGUCCAAAUUCUUCUUGUGUCAAGUGGCCGGGGAAGCCAAAGACAAAGAAAUCUCCUGGUUCUCCCCCAAUGGAGAAAAACUGACUCCGAACCAGCAGCGCAUCUCUGUGGUCUGGAACGAUGACUCCUCCUCCACCCUCACCAUCUACAACGCCAAUAUCGAUGACGCUGGCAUCUACAAGUGUGUUGUCACCAGCGAGGACGGCAGCGAAUCCGAGGCCACGGUCAACGUGAAGAUCUUCCAGAAAUUGAUGUUCAAGAACGCCCCAACCCCACAGGAGUUCAAAGAAGGAGACGAUGCCGUGAUCGUGUGCGACGUGGUCAGCUCCCUGCCCCCAACCAUCAUCUGGAAGCACAAGGGGCGUGACGUCAUCCUGAAAAAAGAUGACCGAUUUAUCGUUCUGACCAACAACUACCUGCAGAUCCGAGGCAUCAAGAAAACGGAUGAGGGGACCUAUCGCUGUGAGGGCAGGAUCCUGGCCCGGGGAGAGAUCAACUUCAAGGACAUUCAGGUCAUUGUGAAUGUGCCGCCCUCGGUCCGGGCCAGGCAGAGCCUGGUGAAUGCCACGGCCAACCUGGGCCAGUCGGUCACCCUGGUGUGCGAAGCAGACGGCUUCCCAGAGCCCACGAUGAGCUGGACAAAGGAUGGGGAGCAGAUCGAGCCCGAGGACGAUGACAAGUUCAGCUUCAGUGAGGACAAUUCCGAACUGACCAUCAGGAAGGUGGACAAGAAUGAUGAGGCAGAGUAUAUCUGCAUUGCCGAGAACAAAGCAGGAGAACAGGAAGAUUUUAUCCAUCUCAAAGUCUUUGCAAAACCCAAAAUCACGUAUGUGGAGAACAAAACUGCCAUGGAGCUGGAGGAGCAGAUCACGCUGACCUGUGAGGCCUCUGGAGACCCCAUUCCUUCCAUCACCUGGAGAAGUGCCACGCGGAACAUCAGCAAUGAAGAGAAGGCUUCGUGGACUCGACCCGAGAAACAAGAGACCUUGGACGGGCGCAUUGUGGUGCGCAGUCACGCACGAGUCUCAUCCCUGACUCUAAAGAGCAUCCAGUACACGGACGCCGGCGAAUAUGUCUGCACCGCCAGCAACCCCAUUGGCCAGGACUCCCAGGCAAUGCACCUGGAAGUGCAGUAUGCCCCCAAGCUGCAGGGCCCCGUGGCGGUUUACACCUGGGAGGGCAACCAGGUCAACAUCACCUGCGAGGUGUUCGCCUACCCUAGCGCCGUCAUCUCCUGGUUCCGCGAUGGGCAGCUGCUCCCCAGCUCCAACUACAGCAACCUCAAAAUCUACAGCAGCCCCUCGGCCAGCUACCUGGAGGUGACCCCUGACUCCGAGAAUGACUUUGGGAACUACAACUGCACGGCCGUGAACCGCAUUGGCCAGGAGUCCCUGGAAUUCAUCCUCGUCCAAGCAGACACCCCGUCGUCCCCGUCCAUUGGCGGCGUGGAACCCUACUCUAGCACCGCGCAGGUCCAGUUUGACGAGCCAGAGGCCACGGGAGGUGUGCCUAUCCUCCGCUACAAGGCCGAGUGGAGACCUGUUGGGGAGGAGAAGUGGCACUCCAGGUGGUACGAUGCCAAGGAAGCAAACGUGGAAGGACUGAUCACCAUCGUGGGACUGAAGCCAGAGACAACCUACUCCGUGAGACUGUCGGCCAUUAACGGAAAGGGGCUCGGGGAAAUCAGUGGGGUCUCGGAGUUCAAGACCCAGCCAGUCCAUGCUCCUUCACCGACUCCUGUGCCCCCCUCCUCCUCCACUGCCCUGCUGCCCGCUGCAGUCACAACUUGGCCACCCGCAUCUCCAGCCACCGAGCCAGCUAAAGGAGAACCCAGCGCCCCCAAACUGGAGGGGCAGAUGGGCGAGGAUGGGAACUCCAUCAAAGUGAAUGUGAUCAAGCAGGAUGACGGCGGCUCCCCGAUUAGACACUACCUGAUUAAGUACCGCGCGAAGCACGCCUCGGAGUGGAAGCCUGAGAUCAAGCUCCCGUCGGGCAGUGACCACAUCACACUCAAGGCCCUGGACUGGAACGCAGAGUACGAGGUCGUGGUGGUGGCCGAGAACCAGCAGGGCAAAUCCAAGGCCGCCCACUAUGCAUUCAGGACAACGGCCCAGCCCACGGCCAUCCCAGCUGGCACCAGCCCCACCUCCAGCCUGGGCACCGGUGCUAUAGUGGGUAUCCUGGUGAUUAUCUUUGUCCUGCUGCUGGUGGCCGUGGACAUCACCUGCUACUUCCUGAACAAGUGUGGCCUGUUCAUGUGCAUCGCCGUCAACCUGUGUGGGAAGGCCGGCCCCGGGGCCAAGGGCAAGGACAUGGAGGAGGGCAAAGCCGCAUUCUCGAAAGAUGAAUCAAAGGAGCCUAUCGUGGAGGUACGCACGGAGGAGGAGCGGACCCCCAACCACGACGGUGGGAAACAUACGGAGCCCAAUGAGACCACGCCACUGACGGAGCCAGAGAAAGCCCCUGUAGAAGCCAAGUCGGAGGGCCAGGAGGCCGAAAAUCCGCCAGCCCCCGCAGAAGUCAAGACGGUCCCCAGUGAAGCCACACAAACAAAUGCAAAUGAGAGCAAAGCAUGAUGGCAGAUGGGGACGAGCAGCAAUCAGAUCAAAUGACGGAACAACUUCACCGAGCAUCUCCCCACCGUCUACGCUCACAUGCACGCAUACAAACACACACAUACACACGCGCAUGCGCGCACACAGACACACACACACACACACACACACAUUGCUCUAGUGUCUCUUGCCUUUUUUUUUUUCCCCCCAAAACAAAAGCAGACAGACCAGCCAGCCAUGGGAGUUCUUUUUGUAUGUCUGUAGAAAGGGUCCAUCUGUGAUACACUUGCUUUGAAGAAAACUAAAACGGAAAGGGUCAGCACCCACCCAAAUUUAGGACACUCUGUUCCCCAAGACCAUUUGGUUAAGAAAUAAAAAAAAGAAAACAAAACCAAAAUUAGCCAGUGAGAGGGAGGUAGGGUGCUCUGGGACAAAGCUGGGUGGAAGGGUCAGCAGAUCGGGCCCACCCACAACCAACUUCCCCGGAUUUGCACAGACCAGAGUCCGAGAAAUACAAACUAGCCACUGAGUGAACAAAGUCCACACUUUAUUUUUAUACUUUUCAGUCAAGUUUGAACUAUGUAAAGUCUCAUAGAUAAGUUAUAAUUUCUGUUCACUCUGUCAUUUGUCCAGUAUGCAAAGCGUGUCACCCUUUCUAGCUGAGUUCAGUUCCCACGUAGCCUCCUGUUGUUGGAGGGCACGGAUGACAAACUGAGGCUUUGGUGGCGGCCGAGGGGUGGGGGUAGAGAUUUGAAUUUGCAGGACCUGGAGUGUUUUUUUCCCCCCAAUUUAGCUCGUUUUUUUUUCCUUUCUUUGUCAACAUCAGUUUCCGGUGUUCCUGGGCUGACUGUCCAGCUCCCUGUCACCCCAGAGAGCAAGCGGGUCAGCCUCAGGGGAGGAGGGAGUUGGGAGUCGGGAUCCCGGCCUGCUCCCUGGUCCAGGGAGGUUUUUCCGGUGUGGACAUUUCUGGGGAAUGCUCCCCUCCUGAUUUUUUAUUUUUUCAUUUUUUUUUUUAUCCUUCUGAUUUGGGGAGGCAAGCAAGGCUCAGUCCUGGCUGAGCCCCCCUCCUCCCCUCACCGCCACCC